UUGAAUACAUGGUCCAGGACGCUCCCUCCGGCAACGACUUCGGUCACCGAGAAUCACGACGAGGGGACCGCGCUGAGGGAGUCUAAUACGUCGUCUUACCUGAUGGAAGGAAACAUACCGUUGAAUAUGAAGCCGACCAGGACGGUUUCAAGCCCAGAAUCUCAUACGAGGACGUCGGCGCCGGAUCAGGCUACGACAGUAACAGACAAGCGGAUUACAACAACGAUUAUAACAACGGACCUUAUUAGAAGACUUAAUAUAAAGAAGGCUUAUUUAAGAUGA